AUGUCUGAAACCGACAUGAACAAGCAGGUUGACUUGUCAACCAUCCCCAUUUCGCCCAAUGGAAAGGAGGAGGCAGACGCCGCCGACGAUGGCAAGCCAGUCACCGUCUUCCACGACAAGGACAACUUCAACGUCAAGCAUCCCCUUCAGAACAAAUGGACCCUGUGGUUCACCAAGCCCCCUAGUGGCAAGGGAGACAACUGGAAUGACCUUCUGAAGGAGGUCAUCACAUUUGAUUCGGUGGAGGAGUUCUGGGGCGUCUAUAAUAAUGUCGCCGCAGUAUCCGAGCUGGCUCUGAAAUCCGAUUACCAUCUUUUCAAGGCUGGCGUCCGACCCGAGUGGGAGGACCCUCAGAACAAGCACGGUGGAAAGUGGUCCUACCAGUACAAGGAGAAGCGAAAUGUCGAUGUUGACCGACUCUGGCUUCAGGUCAUGAUGUCUGCUAUUGGUGAGACACUUGAGGACGAAGACGACGGUGAAGUGAUGGGCGUGGUCGUCAACGUCCGCAAGGCCUUCUAUCGAAUCGGUGUCUGGACUCGCACGAUAGGAAAGAGCAUUCCAGGCCGAGGUGAUGGUGAUGUGGCCGGCGGCAAGGGUCGCACCAAUGAGAAGGGCAAGAACAUCCUGUUGAACAUCGGUCGCCGAUUCAAGGAGGUUCUCGAACUUCCCGCUAAUGAGCAGGUCGAGUUCUCAGGCCACACAGACAGCGCGAAUGCUGGAAGCACGAGGGCCAAGGCCAAGCAUGUUGUGUAA